GAGCAAUUCUGUCCCGUAAGCAGUCCUGUACCCUUAUUGUAUGUCUCCCCAGUGCAAUCUCUUAAGACUACCCAUGAUGACCACAUCCUAUGGGAAUGCUCCUCUCUAAAAUAGGUUCAAAGUAGAGAUGAAGGCAAUCACCUUGUUGUUAGGAAGUCUUUGUGUUUGCCUUGCAGCACCAGUUGAAGAACAUCAUGAGAGAGUGGCCAGAUCAGCAUUGAGUGGCAGUGAGGAAACGGGCCUGCGGACCUUGCUGACCGAAGUGAGAGAUACCCUUGCCAACCGUAACCAAAACCCAAUAGCCCCGCAGCAGCCCGCUCCAGGUAUUACCAUUCAGGAACCCCCUCCUCCCAUGAACGACCCACAGGCCAAUCCUGCAGCAGGCCCGGCCACCAUUAACCUGGUCAUCUCUACCCAGCCACAGCAGCCAGAGCCACUGCCACAGCCGGACAUCCUACAGAGACCGCAACAGGACCAACCAAUUACCCAGCUGUUUCAGGCCACGAGCGAUCCCAACACCUUGGUUGUUGGACCAUGUGGACAAAAUCAGCCAAAUGCCCAGGCUACGCCAUGCUAUCUUCCCUAUGGUCUGCAGCAACCAGGACUUGGACCAUAUUCCCAGUACUAUCCUUAUCCUACAUACCCCUCUUCUCCAUUCGGCUCUUUCAUGAAUCCUUUAAAUUCCCCAACUUUCCUCAACACUGGAGGAGCUGGGUACAAUUAUGGUGUUUCUCCCAUAAAUCCACAGGUUAACCCCUACAACCCCUAUAGCCAAUUUAAACCCUAUGCUGGGUAUAAUCAGGGCAUGACCCCAAAUCUGAGCAUAACCCCCCCGAUCAUUUUUAGAGAGGGUCCAGCAAGAGCCCAAUAACAGCAAGCAAUGUGGAGAGAUCUUAGAGGGUGUUGUAUUAUUUUAGUCCAUCAUCUUGCAUGUUAUGAUAGUUAUACAUAGGUCUAGCCAAGGCUAUGGCUUGUAAUGUUUGGUUACUA